GUGCCUCAAAACAACCCCCUCUCAUUGUAUUGGGAUGUUAGCGUCCAAGAAGUCACUGUAUAAGACCGUAAUUAUCGAAGUAAUCUUCACACAAAAGGGUGAAGAAAGAUCGUGCAGUCUUUCUUCCUCAUUCCUUUAGGACUUUCCGUGUUGUCUGUCACGUCUCAUGGAUCUCGCUUGCCAUCGCUUCUCCCUCCUUAUUCGCGCAGAAUGUCUGCUGACAUUCUGGCCCCCACGUAAGCUGACGCAGAUCCAGUGGGUCGAUCGGGUGAAAGGGAGCGACAGCCCUUUUCACUCCGGCUCCAUCCCCCCAGCCUCAAGCGCGAGGAUCCCUGGGGGCCAGGAUUUUCAGGAUUCUCAACAUUCCGCUCCUCCUUCGGGAGACUUCCGGAGCCCUAUGCCACACCCGGCCAGAUUAUACUCCUCCCCUAUCCACCUUCCUUGACGACGAACCCAGUCCCGCAAGCCGAUGUCGAAUGAGCCCCUUGACCAUGGCGG